AUGGGCAAAUCAAAGCGUCGCAAGCUGCAAGAACGCAAGGAACACAACGAGAAAUCAAAUGGCGGACGCUCAAAAUUCAACGUCCGAGACGGACCCUCGCGACCAAAACACCAGCAAUCGAAAUCGCAACAGCACGCCAAACCUAGUGCAGACAAGAAAACUGCAGCGUCUGCGCAAAAGCAACAGCAACAACAUCAAGAAUCGAUUAUUCCUUUCGAUGCCCUCGACCGUAUUCUGGUCAUUGGCGAUGGCGAUCUGAGUUUCAGCAGGAGUUUGGUGGAUACACAUGGAUGCGCUGCACUAUUAGCCACAACCUACGACACCGAGAUCGAAUUAUUGGAGAAAUACCCACAGGCACAAGAGAACAAAGAUGCAAUCGAGGCAGAAGAGCAGAGGGUGUUACAUGGAGCUAUAAAGCCUCUGUUGGCCCCUCAUGGCACUGUCAUUGUUACACUCUUCGAAGGCGAACCUUACACUCUCUGGAAUAUCCGCGAUUUGGCUCGGCAUUCUGGCUUGGAGGUUCAACGCAGCUUCCGCUUCCAGGCUGAUGCUUAUCCUGGAUAUUCUCAUGCACGCACGUUGGGCAACAUCGAAGGAGGUGGUGGUUGGAAGGGUGAAGAGAGACUGUCAAGGAGCUACGUAUUCCAGCACAAGGGUGCGGGAGACGUAGUACAGAAGCAACAGGCCAAGAAUAAUAAGAGAAAGAAGGUGGAGGAGAGUGAUGAUGAAGACAGUGAUGAAGAUUGA